AUGACCAAUAUCGAAAAAGUUGCAACCUGCUUAUCCUUCGCUAAAACCCUCGAUUUGAUCCGUCCACGAGCUUUAUCCAUCACUGUGGGCAUCCACCUGAUCCAGCACGCGCGAACCGACUCCGGCCAUUUCUGGGAGCCCACAUCUGUACCCUGCUCAGGCUUGCUAUCUACUAUUCUUUGGAUCUGCUUGCGAUUUGGAGGGCUGUCCGAGACCGCCCUCACCGUCAUCAUUGCUUCCAAAGGCAAGUCGUCGAACCCACUCCACCGUCGACAAAGGACCAACGACGAAGACGAAGCAACAGUAGCCUUGACUUCCGCCGCAGAGGAGAAGGAGCGAUCGGAAAGGCAGAGGUCGUACUCCUCGGCCACUGAGUCGGACGAAUUCUCGCUCUGGAGCGAUACAGGAGACAUUGCUGAAGAGCUUGCCAACGAUCGGGACCAUCCUCAUAUCGAGCUUGAUCCUCUCAACAGCGAGGGUCGCCCUCUCAACGCUCGUGGUCACGGUGGAGGACGAGGAAAGAAGGUCGUUUUUGAACAGCAAGACUACUCUCGAGGGGGAAAAAAGCGUUCUGGCAUUGCUAAAGAGGAUAUAACUAUACCCAGUCCUCCUUCGAGAAGGAUCAGUACAGCCGAAAAGGUCCUUGCCCUCAUCAUGGCGCCGAGCGACCCUCAGACCGCCAGGUCCAGAGGCCUGGUAGGCAAGCCUUUGCUGUAG